GCCCUGCCUGUCGCGGGCCUCGUGCAGCUGCUCAACGGCCAGGACCGGUUCUGCACCACGAGCUCGUGCGCCGGCCGCGUGCUCCUCGUGCAGGCCCCGCCCGCCACCGCCGCCGCCGGCCUCAUCCCCAGAGGCAAGAAAGCAAAGUGCGGAGGUUUCCGUGCCAGCCCCACUGCUCUAAUCCGUGCUGCUCUUUGCCAGGAUCGCAGCGGCUAUGAAGUACAGAAGAAGAACUGCGUCUGGCUCAUGGUAACACAUCACAUGUGCACCAAAGAGGAGGUGAUGACUGCAUUGCAGAAAGCCACUGGUGACGCUAUUUUCAAAUUUGAACCAUUUGUUCUCCAUGUGCUGUGUCGAGAAUUGCAAGAUGCACAACUUCUGCAUUCAGCAGCUAUAAAUUCUGGAUUCAGGAACUCUGGCAUUACAGUUGGCAGAAGAGGGAAAAUUAUGAUGGCUGUUCGGAGUACUCAUUGUUUAGAAGUUCCAUUAAGCCAGAUGGGGAAAUUAAUGGUCACUGAAGAAUAUGUUGACUUCCUAGUACAGAUAGCUAAUCGGAAGAUGGAAGAGAACUUGAAGAGGAUUGACAGGUUUUACAGCUGCCUGCAGUUGGCUUUGAAAACCCAACAUGGCUCUAGUAGCUCACUUUGUGAAACAGUCAAGACAUGUUCUACACACAGUUGCAGGAGCAAAAGAAAACCAGAUAAAGCAUGUGGUGUGAUCGCCUCUCCAGACAGUAACUCCUCUUGUGAAACAGUUCAAACCUAUUCUGUGUACGUUCGCAGGAGAAAAAGAAACACAGAUAAUGUGCAUGGUGUGAAUACCUCUCCAGACAACAAUGAAGAUUCAGAAAGUGAAGAUGACCCAGAAAUCAAUCUUAAUAUUUUUGAGGAAAUAUAUUGACAUGGGAUAUUAUCUCCUUGUUAAUAUAUGCCUAGAAGUAUGAAAACAUUGCAAGCAUACUGAUAUUUGUACUGCUCUUUAUAAGAGCUGUUAAACUUCUGUGUUCUGGGAAAUAAUGCUAUUGUGGAAGUUUUACCAUGAGGACAAUAUUCACUAAAGCCACUAAUAAAACAAAUGUGACAGGUUCUGAGUUGUAUAUAAAAUGCUACAGAAAUGCACCUUCUAAAAAUAAAAUAUCUUUAUAUUUUAAUGACAAACA